CAAACUCAUGGAUGAAAUUUUCAAAAGUUUUGUAGAAAAUCAUGUGUAGAAAUAGAAAUCAUAUAUAAAAUCCCUACUUUUUUGGUUUAAUUCUGAUGAUUUAUGAUCCCUUCAAGCAUCAACUCUUGAGGGUAAUUUUUUAUUUUUAAUGUUUUUUCUGCUCAAUCUUUUGUAUUUUUCACACAAUUUCACUUUGUGUGUGUGUCUGUUCCGCUCUCCAGCUUUUAUGGCGUGAGGCCAUACAAGUAAGCCGGUGUGUACACUAAACAUUCAUACUCUAUGUGUAUUAGUGUAUACAAUAUUUCUUCAUCUUUGCAUGCUUCACCAAACUCAUAAAAAUUCCCCAGAAAUUGAAAAGGAGACGAUGGUGAUGAUGAUGAUGAAAUGGGAUUUGUUUUUUCUGUCCGCCUAAUUAAAACCCAACUCUUCAAUCGGAAUUUUUGAUUGUUUCAAGGCCGACCCAGAUGAAGAAAAUCGGUAAUUUCAUGUGGGUUUUCGAUUCAAGUGUUCAUUGAUCGGAUUGUUUUGAAUUUUGAGCUUGUCUUGUCGUUUUAUUGUUCAAAAUUCCUUCAGUUCUCUGUUUCUGUUUUUGUUGUUGUACAAUUCUGUUUCUGUGUGUUAUUUAUUGAAGAUGGUUGAGCGAAUUGAGAUCACUAAUGAGAAUAUCAAGGAUGAUGACGAGCUUGAAUUGUUGUUGGGUGAGAUCCCUCAUGCAACAUCAUCACUUACCCAUCAUCAUCAUCAUCAUCAUCAGCAUCAUCUUCCAUCACAUGUCAAUGAUAAUGGGUAUGAGCCUGUUCUAUCUCAGACCAUUAACGGAAUGAUGUAUGGUAUGUAUGAUGAUGACCCAUCAUGUAGUUACAAGCAGAAUCCAUGUAUUUUCCCUGCUACUGCCACUUCUCUUCAAUCUAAUGGCUCCUUUUCGAGUUUUUUCUCCAAAGAUGAUCCCACCCCCAGACCUCAUCUGAUGUUUAGAACUUACAGUUCGAUACUCCCCUAUUUCGGGAAGAAAUUUGAUGACAAUUUGUUUAGCGAAUCAGGUAAUCAAGGAGAGGAUUUAGUUCGUGAUCCGAAUGUAGGAACUAAUCGAAUCAAUUUCAGCAAACCCUUUUCCGAUUAUGCUGUAAAUCAAUCUCAUUCUUCCCGGAAUCCCAUGUACGCGACUGAAUUCAGUCCUUUUUUCGGGUAUCAACAAAUUCCGCCUCCUCGAGCUGAGAAUUUGUUCGCUCAAUCGCAUUUCAAUCGGAAUGUGUUAAAUCUUCGAUACCCUGUAGCUUACCAAAGGGCAAUUCCGUCUUUAGAUUUACCUCUUUCGAAUGGUUUAUACACCGCAUCACAAAACGAAGACAGUUUAAUCAUCCAUGGUGAAACUGUAAAUCAUGUGAGAAACUCCAACAAAGUAAUUGGGGGUUUUAGAGGACAACACAAGAAGUGUUCUUUACAUGAAAAGAGGUCGUCACAUGUGGAAUCAAAUCACUCCCAAUUUCCAAUGGCAAAUCGGUCAUUUACCACACCUUUAAGAUGUAAAACAUUGGCAGAUGCUCGAGGGUACAUAUAUAUGUUUUCUAAAGACCAAAAUGGGUGUCGUUAUAUUCAAAGUGUUUUUGAUGAAGGAGAUCAAGAACAUGUACAAAUGGUGUUUGAUGAAAUUGUUGGGCAUGUAGCUGAGCUUAUGGUGAAUCCAUUUGGGAAUUACCUUAUGCAGAAGCUUCUUGAAGUUUGUAAUGAAGAACAAAGAAUGUUUAUUUUAAUGGAGGUCACUCGUGAACCAAGGGAACUUGUUCAAAUCUCUUUGAACACUCAUGGGACAAGAGUGGUGCAGAAGCUUAUAGAGACACUAAAGACAAGAAAACAAAUUAAGGUGGUUAUUUCUGCACUUGAACCAGGGUUUCUUGCACUUAUUAAGGAUCUUAAUGGAAACCAUGUGAUUCAGCGAUGUUUGCAGUGUCUCAGCAAUGAAGAUAACAAGUUCAUUUUUGAAGCUGCUGCAAAGUUCUGUGUUGACAUUGCGACACAUCAACAUGGGUGUUGUGUAUUGCAAAGAUGCAUUAAUCACUCAAUUGGAAAACAUCAAGAAAUCUUAGUUCUUGAAAUUUCUUCAAACGGGCUUCUUCUAGCUCAAGAUGCAUUCGGAAACUAUGUUGUACAAUCUAUAUUGGAGUUAAAAAUCCCAUCCGCGGUAUCAAUGUUGACUAGUCAAUUCGAGGGCAAUUACGUCCAUCUUGCGACACAAAAAUUUAGUAGCCAUGUUGUUGAAAAAUGUUUAUCGGUGCUCGAUGACCGAGCCCGGUCAUCGAUCAUCCGUGAACUGCUUUCUGCUACUCAUUUUGAACAACUGCUGCAAGACCCGCACGCUAAUUAUGUUGUGCAAACUGCUCUCCGUGUUGCUGAGGGCUCGCUUCAUAAUUUGUUGGUGAAAGCGAUUGAAUCACACAAAGCAAUAUCAAGAAACAGCCCGUAUUCGAAGCGGAUUUUCUCACACAAGCUUUUGAAGAAGUGACUAUUUGUCAUAAUGUUGUUGUUUCCUGUGUUCACUACAAGUUUCAUCUCUUUAUUCACAUAAAUUAUCUUGAAGGACCAACUUUGAAAAUUUAACAGUGCUUAUGUGU